UGGCUGUAACCUUUGGCUGCUACUUCUGAAGAUACCCUCUGCUCUCAAGUGGAAUUUGUUUUGGAUUGGAUUUAUUGUUUUGUUUUGUUUAGUGGUGAGUUUGAGAGACUCAUACAGAUACUGUCCUUGUGUCUGCUUGAAUCUGUUGUUGAAUAAUUAGCAUAUUCAAGGCUAUGAUGGAGCUGGAUUAAACCAAAAAUCAUGUGUCUGUUUUUCUCUAAAAUUGUGUGCGUAGUUGGAGAUCAUGUAUUGAUGUGCUACACAGGCAUGCUAUGAGAGUUUGUAGGUUAACCUCAUCUUUCGUUUACAAUUAGAGCAAAUAAUUGUCCAUGCUGAAUUUCUGUAUUUUCUUAAUGUUUUUAUUUUAUUUAAUUAAUGUUAAUAUUAUUUAAAAAUAAUAUUAAUGCCAAAGAAUGUAAAUUCAAGUGCUCAAGAUUGGUACUAUGUUUCAGUAUGAAGGUGAGCAAGUAGGUGGAGUUUUGUGCUCACCAUUUGAACACAAUGUUUUCAUAAUACUGAAGGGUAAAAAAUAUAAUAAAAAACUUGAGCUGGCACACACCCAGAGUAACGGCGAAUAAACUAUAAAAAGUAAAUUCACCCUGAAGAAGGCACAGUGAUGCCGAAAGGUUGGUGAUUUACACAAUAUAUUACUGGGAGUUUAUAGACGGAGUGUGCGACUCUAUUUUUAUAGUUUAUAAUACUGAAGGAUGCCUCAGUAACAUAAUGGGAUUUGGAAUAAUAAAAGAUAUGAUGUAUACUGUUACUCAUUUUUAAAAUACAAUUUUGUGUGUGAACACGACUUUUUGAAUAUGUGUUUGUGUGGCUUUCUGUGUCAACAAGUGCAGAAGAGAGAAGGCUUUUAUUUUGAAAACAGGAUGUUCCUUUUUGUGUUCUCAGCUAAAAAUCACUGUCAUGGCAAGGUCGGGUAAACAGCGUGGCAACCAACAUGCAGACGUUACAAGCCCAAAACGUUUUAACAGCUAGGUAGCUAACUAGCUAGUUCUUAUCUGGGUUCUGUUUUAAAAGAGUAUCGCGCAGAAAUGAACACAGGAGGAUUCCAGGCACAAAACACGCGACGGAGGGACCUCCCGCCUCUUCCACAGGUACCUACCAUUAGCCGCGCAUACUACACUUACACGACCAUCCAUAUCAUACAUCUUAAGUGUAUUUCGACUUGUAACUAGCUAGUAUGCAGCACGUUGGUAGCCUAUGAGCACACUGCUCUCAGACAGACAGUUUCCAUAGGUCUCUCUGGUUUCUGCACUCAGCAACCUGCAGAGGGCCCAACAACAACAAAGCAGGGGCCUUGCUGCAGAACCAUACAGCAUUAGGAGCAAAGGUCAACAACACCAUGAAGAGGUGGAUGUAGCUAAUGUCACUUCUAAACGGCGGCCCAUAUGGGAGGGAAAUAAAACAUGGCCCUAAUAAUCAUCAACAUUGUUCUUACACCAAAUUAUUACAUCAAUAAAGGUGUAGUUUAGUGUAGGCUAUUUUUGUUGAGGGUCUUCUUCACGUCAUACCUCAAGGGGUCAAAUCCCUCAGGUCUGAAUAGUCUGAUCUGAUCUAUGCAUUGAUUGGUUGGUAUUCCAGUACCUUGGCAGAUGCCUACUGCAGAUUUAGCCCAGGAUUAGGCAGGUGUCACCAAGGCUGUGGCACAGGAAUAUCCUCAGAGCCCUUCCUGAUUCUUGGAUGUAAUGGUGAGAAAACAACUCACGGUAAGUUCUCUUUCAUUCACAGUCCUGGGCCUAGUUUUGGGAAACCGGGCCAUGGUAUUAUUGGAUCUUCUAACUGUAUGAAAAGGACUCUUUUCUGAGUACAGGUUGUUGAGUUUUGGAGGAUUUUAUUGUUAAGAUAAAUUGGAGAAAUGUACUGUUUGAGACUGGGAGUGUUAUCUACUUUGAAAGCAAGUUUUGUAGAGAGCUUUGUACAACCACUUGCUCGGUUCCGUUGUUCCUUGGUUCCCCUCUGUUCCUAUCUCUUGGCAUGUAUGGAUUGAGGGCCUUCCAAGAGUGCAGCGGUCUAAGGCAGUGCUAGAGGCGUCACUACAGACCUUGGUUCGUUCCCAGGUUGUGUCACAACCGGCCGUGAUCGGGAGUCCCAUAGGGCGGCGCACAAUUGGCCCAGCGUCGUCCGGGUUAGGGGAGGGUUCGGGCCGGGGGUGUAGGCAGUCAUUGUAAAUAAGAAUUCGUUCUUAACUGACUUGCCUAGUUAAAUAAAGCGUGGACAGCGUGCCCUGCCCCCCAUGUCAAGUCAAGAUACAGGUGACGAGAUGCCGAUCCCUAAAAGCAAGAGGAAGAAGUUGAAGAGUCAGGUGGAUGGUGUAGAAAGCCCAGAGGCAGACCCAGGGAUGGAGAUGGCCCAGAUGGGGGGUCUGAGCAGUCGCAGGUCAUCUGAGGUCAUCCAGGCCUUGAACACCGAGUCGCAGGAAGCUGCACCACAGAGAAGGAAGAAGAAGAAAAAGGCAGCGACCGUAGACCUGGAGGAUGACCAGGCUGACCUGGUGAACGGGGAUGGACUGGUCCAGAACACAGCAGAGGCAGAGGAAGAAGUGACCAAAAAACCCAAGAGGAAGAAGAAGUCGAAAGUGUCAGAGACGCAGUACGUCAACGAGCUUGAUGUAGAGGACGAUGACAUUAUCACAGACGCUCAGCCACCCAUCCCCCAGCAUUCCCUGUUCUCUGCUCCCCUGGGACAGAGCCAGCCUGUGGGGAAGGUGUUUGUAGAGAGGAGCAAGAGGUUUCAAGCGGCCGAUCGGUCAGACAGGCCGAAGCCCAGCGAUCAGGUGGACAACUUAAUGGACAUCCAGCAGAUGUGGACCACCAAGGAUGUGUCUGUUAGGGUACAUGGUGGCUUCAGGGGGAUUGGGCUGUUCUGCCACGGCUUCCUAGCAGGCUAUGCAGUGUGGAACAUCAUAGUGAUCUAUGCCCUGGCAGGAAAACAUCUCACUACUCUGCCUAACCUACUGCAGCAGUACCACAGCCUGGCCUACCCUGCACAGUCUCUCUUCUACCUGCUACUGGCUAUAAGCACUGUGUCAGCCUUUGACAGGGUGAAUCUGGCCAAAGGUGCCAUGGCUAUGAGAGAGUUUGUCACCCUGGACCCAGUUGCUCUAGCCUCUUUCUUGUACUUCUCAGCUCUGGUCCUCUCUCUCAGCCAACAGAUGACCAGUGACCGCAUCAACCUGUACCCCAGUGCUAAUGAGACCUUAUGGCCUCCUGGGUCAGAGCAACAGAUCCUGAACCCGUGGAUCAUAGUAAACCUGGUGGUGGCUGUGCUGGUGGGAAUGGCCUGGAUCUUCAUCUCUGCCAGGCCUGAGAUGGACUACACCGAAGGAUUCCUAAUGGGUAUGGAGAUCGAGUCCUUGAGACCAGAGGAGAAAUCAGAAAUGUCUACUUGAGGAAUAUUUUUUUUAAAUUUAGCUGGCACAUCUUUUUUUGUAUCGUAUUUUAUCAGCCAGCACAAAAUGUACACGUUGUUUGUGGCAAUAAGCAGUUUAUUUUUGUAUGACCCCAAUGUGUGCUUGUUUUGUCAAAUGUAUUGAUUACCAUUGGAAAUAAUAAAAAUGUUAUCCCACUGA